AUUGGCUAGAACCUCGGCUCGGCCUUUGCCAUUGGCAGGCGCGGCCGUCGCUCAGCGCUGCCCGGCGGCGGGCCCGGCGCAGGUCGGCGAGCGCGGCGCGGUGAGCGGCAGCAGCAGGGCGCGGUGGCGCCGCGGCGGCGAGUCCCGGCGGCGGCGAGAAGGGGCCGCCCGGCCGCCAGCGCCCAAGGACCCUUGGGCGCUGCGCUAUGGGCAAGAGGAGCAAGCGGGCAGCCGACAGCUCGUCCUCGGGUGACGAGGAGGAGUAUGUGGUGGAGAAAGUCCUGGACCGGCGCGUGGUGAAGGGCCAGGCCGAGUACCUGCUCAAGUGGAAGGGCUUCUCCGAGGAACACAACACUUGGGAGCCGGAGAAGAACCUGGAUUGCCCGGAGCUGAUCUCGGAGUUUAUGCGCAAGUACAAGAAGAUGAAGGAGGGAGACGGGAACAGACCCCGCGAGAAGGCGGAGGGAGCCAAGAGGAAAGGGCUGCCCGGCGGAGGGGAGGACGCCCGCGCCAAGAAGAAGAGGGAGAGCAACGACAUCGCCCGGGGCUUCGAGCGGGGGCUGGAGCCCGAGAAGAUCAUUGGUGCCACCGACUCCUGUGGGGACCUCAUGUUCCUGAUGAAGUGGAAGGACACAGACGAGGCCGACCUGGUGCUGGCGAAGGAGGCGAACCUCAAGUGUCCCCAAAUUGUCAUCGCGUUCUAUGAGGAGCGGCUGACCUGGCACGCGUACCCCGAGGACACGGACAGCAAAGAGCGUGACACCCCCCGGAGCUAAGGCGGCCCCCCCCGCCUGUACAUAGCCCCCCCCUCAUCUCGUGUGUGUCACCCCCUCUGUGUCCCCUCCCCGCAGCCCCCCUGGGGACAGGGGAGGGGACACUCAAACCCUGGCGGGGGACACAACACAAAAGUUUCCCCCCUCACUCCUCUUUGGGGGUGUCUGAAGGGGGGCACCCCCUCACCUUCUGCCCCCUCCCCUCCAGACCAGGGGGUGGGGCAGGUUUGGGGGGCUCAGCCCCCCCCCCUUUUUUUUUUUGCGCUGUUUUUCUAAAGUUGGUGUUUUUAGCCCCCUGGGGUGUCACUGUCCCCCCGUCCGUCCCCCCCAAUAUUUCCACACAAUAAACAAUCACUUUUCAGGA